CCAUGUUAGAAUAUUCAAUAGAUGCGACAAUACACUCAACUUUUGGAUAGCCAUCGAUUAAAAAUGUCGUCGGAAUCCAUUCAUUUUUCGGUCGAUGAUACAAACUUUUUAAUUUUAGUGGAGCUGUCAAAAGUUGGGUAUGUCAAGAGCGGAGUCCUCAAAAGCUGUUGAGCUACACAGAGUACAGUCUUUCGGUCUUUUGAGGAAGACUGUUCCUCCAGUUGACGCAUCUCCUGGUAUCUGGAUUGCUAAGGAAUUUCCAGGUUUCUCCAAUCUAAAGCUGGGCAGAGGAAAUCCUCAGCCAUUUGGAGUCUCACGUGUUGCUAGUAAUGCUUUUAACUUCGCCGUGUUUUGUCGUUCUCGAGGAGUCCGUCUAUGUCUCUUUCCCCCUUUGGAGUGUGGUACACAAGGUUUACUUCAGGAUAUUGCUGCAGAGAUAGUUUUAGAUGAAGACUUUAAUGUGACUGGAGAUGUUUGGCACUGCACAGUAUACAAUGUACCCGAAAGGUCGUUGUAUGGAUUGAAGAUAGAAGGUGUACCACGAAUUAUUCUGGAUCCUUAUGCCAAAUGGGUUGUUUCAGGUGCAAAAAAUAUGUGGAAAGUAUACGAAGGAGAAUUGGAAGAGGUUAAGGUUGUAAGUGAAUAUAGAGAAACAAGUUUUACUUCCAAGUUUCCAGGUUUAAAGACCUUGAAAGAUGUCAAGUUUCCUUUUCGUCUUGGACUUAUUUCGGAACCAAAAGUAGACGAUUUUGAUUGGGAAAAUGACAAACCCCCUCAACUCUCAUACGAAGAUCUUUUCAUAUAUGAAGUACAUGUUAGAGGAUUCACUAUGCACAGCUCGAGCAAUGUAUUGGAUGCAAAGCGUGGAACUUUUCUGGGAAUGAUCGACCGAUUAGAUUAUUUGCAGUUUCUUGGAGUCAAUUGCAUCGAGUUGUUACCUAUCAUGGAGUUUAAUGAGCUCGAACUUUGUCCAUUUAAUGAACUCGAACUGAAAUACUCACCUACCACGAAUGAACGUCUUUGUAACUUUUGGGGUUAUUCUCCAAUAAGUUUUUUUGGACCCAUGUGCAAGUAUUCAACAGACUUUCUUAAAGUUGGUGUAGAACUGAAAAUGUUAGUGAAAGAAAUUCACAGAAGAGGGAUGGAAGUCAUCUUAGACGUAGUAUACAAUCAUACUGCGGAUGCUUCUGCACCAUUCCAUUUUCUGAAUGCAGCUAAUGUUUGGUACAUGCAUGAUGAGAAGGGUCCCUAUUCGAACUUGAGUGGUUGUGGAAACACCUUUAACUGUAAUCAUCCAAUUGUCUUGGAACUCAUUGUUCAGAGUCUGCGUUGGUGGGUCAGUGAAUAUCAUGUGGAUGGCUUUCGUUUUGAUGCUGCUGGAAUACUUUGUCGUGACCAGGAUGGGACUGUUCUGAAACGGCCUCCUGUAGUGGAAGCUAUUGUAAAGGAUCCAGUUUUAAAGAGUGUGAAGCUUAUAGCUGAAGCCUGGGAUGCUGGUGCGAUGCUCGAUUCUCCCAACUAUUUGAUUGGGAGUUUUCCUUUCGGAGAUUGUUGGUUGGAAUGGAAUGGCAAGUUUCGAGAUACUGUGCGUCACUUCAUUAAAGGCACUCCUGGUAUGGUUCGCGAGUUUGCCAAGGCAAUUGGAGGAUAUUUUGAUCUCUACUCGAAGCGAGCUUAUGGUCCUUGUCACAGCGUCAAUUUUAUUGCUUGUCACGACGGCUUUAGUUUGUACGAUUUGGUUGCAUACGACACGAAACAUAACGAGGCCAAUGAAGCUGGUAAUGCUGAUGGUAUUGACGAUAAUAUUUCUUGGAACUGCGGUGUAGAAGGAGAUACAGAUGCAGAGAAUGUGAAUUCUUUGAGACGACGACAACUUCGGAAUUUUAUUCUUGCCUUGGUGGUUUCGCGUGGUGUUCCCAUGAUAACUAUGGGCGACGAGUAUGGUCAUACAAAGCUUGGGAAUAAUAAUACUUGGUGCUUCGACAAUGAAUUGAAUUAUUUACUUUUCGGUGAAGAAGCGGAACAGAGACACGAUUAUUUUCUUCGAUUUGUUCGAAUGGCGUUUGCAUGGCGUCAAGCAAAUAGACUGCUUCGGUUAAGACAAUUUAUGAGCUGGCGCGAUGUACAAUGGCAUGGAUAUCGAAUAGACCAUCCUGACUGGUCAAAUACCUCACGUUUUCUAGCAUUCACUUUAAAAAAUCCAAAGGAUGGAAGGGCAUCCAUUUAUGUUGCUUUUAACUCUUCCUCCAAUUCUUAUGAAGUGCAAAUUCCAAGUGCUCCUGAGGGAAGAAUGUGGUUAAGAAUAGUGGAUACAAAUCUUCCAUCUCCAAACGACUUUUGGAGUCCUGAAGAAAGUGAUACUGUAUUAUUAGAUUCCAACUCAAAGUAUUGUAUGGUUCCAUUUUCUGCUCUCGCUUUGCACACAGUCGACCCAGAACAAGUGGUGCGUGGAGAGCCAUCGACAUCAAACAACAUGGCUAUCAGUCAAUACUUUAACUCUUCUAGUAUUCUUACGCGACCCGUCAGUAUGGAGUCCCUUGUUUCUGCAGAUUUAGAAGAACUCGAGGAGUAUUGGGAAAGUUUGAUUGCCAUGCCCUUGGACGAUAAUCAGUCGAACACAGAUAAUGAUCGCACGUCUGGUGCAGACAUGCUGACAGAAUAGUCGUUUCCAGUUGAGCUCAUGGAGUUGUUGAAUAAAGCAAAUUAUUCAUUGUUUGAAAGCAUUGAAAUUAGUUGGUCUUACUUCUGCUUUCACUUGAGGAGUUUGUUGAAGUUCU